GAAGAGGAGAAAGAACCAAAGAACCAAAGAACCUCAUACGUUCAAGAAUCAAGAGAGAUCAAGUGAAAAAGUGAUCUUUGAAACUUUUCUCCCAUUUUCUUCAUUUUCUUCAUUUCAUCAUGACCACUCCAAACCCUGAAUCUCAGUCUCAGUCUCAAUCUCAGUCCAAUGAUGAUCAUCAAAUCACAGUUGGAGAAUACUUUUUAUCUAGGAUGUCUCAAUUAGGUAUCAAACAAGUGUACGGCGUUCCAGGCGACUACAAUCUUGGGUUUCUUGAUUUGAUUGAAGAUCAUCCGGAUUUAAAUUGGGUAGGAUGUUGUAAUGAAUUAAAUGCAAGUUACGCUGCAGAUGGUUAUGCUCGAGUUUCACAAGGUGGAAUAGGCUGUCUUGUCACUACAUUUGGAGUAGGAGAGCUUUCAGCAUCAAAUGGAAUUGCGGGUGCACAUUCCGAGCGUGUUCCCGUAGUCCAUCUAGUAGGUGUUCCAGCCACCACUUUACAAGCCGAUCAUGCAAUCUUGCAUCACACUCUAGGUGAUGGAAGGUUCGACGCCUUUAAAAAGAUAUCAAAACAACUCACCUGUGCUCAAUCUUUCUUAACAAAACACACCAAUCCAACCGAAGAAAUCGAUCGGAUCUUAAGAUCUGCCUUAAGGUAUUCUAGACCUGUUUAUUUAACCUUACCAACCGAUUUGGUUUAUAUGAAAGUGUCUUCUGGUUCAUUGAAAAAGUCUUUAAGAGAUCAAGUCUUGAUUGAUUUAGAGUCUAAACUUGAUCCGAAGAUUAUCCAACAUGUUGUGGAACAGAUUAGUGAAUUGUUUGUGAAAUCAAACCGACCAAUUCUUAUGUUGGACGCUUGUUGUGAUCGGUUCAGAGUCCAAUCAGAAGCCAUCAAAUUAGUUGAAGCACUUCAGAUUCCAGUCUAUACUACUCCAAUGGGUAAGACUAUCAUCAAUGAAUCACAUCCUUUGUUCGGAGGACUUUAUGUGGGUGAUAUCACCGUAGCAGGUGUUAAGGAACAAGUAGAAAGUUCAGAUUUGAUUAUAUGUAUCGGUACUAUCAUGUCUGAUUUCAACACAGGUAACUUUUCGUACAAUUUACAAUCCUCUACAAGAGUAGAACUACAUUCAUCCGAAACAAUAGUCCAAUACGCCCAUUAUCCAGACCUUGGCUUCCGUCAACUGUUACCAAUCUUAACCCAAACCCUUUCAUCUUUACCCAAAAAAACUAUCCGAAAAGAAGAAUUAAAUCCAAGAUUUAUUACAAAAGAUGAUCAGAAGAAUCAUGGAUUGAUAACUCAAGAUCAGUUUUGGCCACUUUGGGCUCAAGAUUUUUUUCAACCCAAUGAUGUCGUCUUGGGUGAAACUGGUACUAGUAGCUUUGGAUUACUUGAUGUGAAGUUUCCGGAUGGUGCUUCGUUUUUGUCUCAAGUCUUGUGGGGUAGUAUAGGAUGGACCACUGGAGCCUGCUUAGGUGCAGCCCAAGCAGCAGCUGAGCAAGGGAAACGAACGAUUUUGUUUAUUGGUGAUGGUAGUUUACAACUUACUGUUCAAGAGAUUAGUACGAUGAUUCGGGUCGGAGUUAAGCCUAUUAUUGUGGUUUUAAAUAAUGAUGGAUAUAGUAUUGAAAGAUUCAUCCAUGGAAUGAAACGGAAAUAUAAUGAUAUCCAACCAUGGGUCUGGACUGGAAUCCUAGAUCUUUUCAAUCCUCAAAAGAAUCCAACUACAAGAUCAUAUCGAAUCGAAAGAUAUGAUGAAUUGGUUGGUUUAUUAAAAGAUUCUGGGUUUAGAAAAGCUGAUGUGAUCCAACUUGUAGAAGUGAAACUGGGAAAAGAAGAUGCACCACGUGCAUUGAAACUUCAGGCUGAGAUGACUAGUAAAGGUAAUGCUUAUUGAAGAACUGAUUGAAGAACAGUUUUGGAUAGGGUGUUCUUGAGCGUCUAAAGUGUACUUUUGAUUUGGCUAUUAAUUUCCUGUUAUGAAUCAUAGAUAUUUUGCAGGAUGAUCUUAGUUUUGAUGAU